AAUCAACUCAAUAAAGCAUCAGUUAUGAUUAUUUUGACAAAAUUUCAGAUUUCAAGGUAUUUUAAAUUGGCGGCUUCAAUGCUUAUUAUGAGUUAUGUGUUAUUUGUUUAUUUUUUCUGGUUAAAUCCCCAUAGAAACAUCUAUGGUCGAGUUGAAUAUUGAAUCACUCUAAUUGAUGAAAUAGCUUGGAAAGAUGGUCAAGUGUUAAGAGAGGGUUGGAACUGAUGGGAGUCUAUUAUUCGAGAAUGGACAAUUCCUAAGGCCAUCGACUUUGCCCUUACAGUGAUUGCUUGCUGUGGUAGAGUCUACUGUCUAUAUGUUUGAAUGAUCUCAGUGUUUAAUCCAUUCACUAGUAACAUUUUCAAUCAACUGCCAUUAAAUAUGAAAACUAAUGCUGAUUGUUGGCCAUUGUUUCAACAAUAAUUUCCCUUCUGCCCACUAUGACUGAUUCAACUAUAGAUGAAACUUACGUUCCUGGAGGAUUCUCAACUGAAAGUGGAUAUUCUCUUGGUGAGGAGUGUGAUCUGGAACAUGAUCAAUGGUUACAGAAUUACCUGACAACAAUCGAUAAAAUAGUGUUACUUGGUAAAGCUCCUGCUAAAGGAUUGUCCGAACCUGUAAUUAAUGAAUGUUAUCAAUGGCGCGAUAAGUUUAGGCAAAAAUUCUCGGAAAGUGAAAGAGGAUCAAUUUUUUUAAAAUACUCUAACCAGACGGACAGUAACUGGACAAAUUUUGAGACACGGAGUGCAACUUCAAAGUCAUCUAUUGAAAGCUUCAAAUGGGACCCAUCAAGAUUGAUUUCACGUUUUUCUAGACAACAGUAUGAUCUAAGUAGCAGUACAACAUCAAAAUCAUCAUCUGAUACAUCGCAAAUCACUUUAAGCAGUCGUGGUAGCAUAAGUGAAGAGAAUGGAGGAAAAGGACUCGGAGCGUCUCGAGCAGUCAUUUUAGAACCAUUAAAAUCGCAUAACAAAAGUGUUCCUUCAACUAUUGACGAUGUUGGCCCAUCAAUUAAAAAGCCUAAGCCCAUACAGCUUCCUCCAAUCAAUGGCAAACCAAGUAAAAUAUCAAAAAGACUCGGCUCAAUAAAUGCUUCAAAUAAUCAAGUCAUACACAAGAAAGGAUUCCCAUCGCCUCCUGUGUUUUUUUCAAUCAACGAUAUAUUUGCUCAUAAGACUAACACUGAUGAUUAUAUGAGUAAAUCUGAGAACAUUUUCGAGCACAAAAAUCAAGCAAAAUCGAAAGGAUUUUUCCGAAACUAUCAAAAGGCUGAGAAAUACCAAGCAAAUGGAUCAUCCUCUUGAAACAAUCAACUUUUCGAUUUAAAUUGAAUCUCAUUUUUUACAAUCAAAAUCAAAGAUUUCUUCAUCGUUUGUAGAUGAAUAUUUCAUCAUAAAAAAAAUGUUUAUUUUCAAUUAUAAAAUAAUCAUUCGAUGUGAUACACUCAAAAUAUAUUAAUAUUUAAUCUUGAUAUUUAUCAUUGGGUAAUCUUGUAAGAUUUUGAUUUGCUUUUUGAAUCAGAUUAUUUUGAAGCGGAUUAAGCUACCAAUCAGGGUUAAAGGUGUAGAGAUAUGACUUAUGACUAAACAAUAGCAAUGAAAAUUUUCUUUA